GCUGUAAGUACUAUAGUCAUCCGGAGACGUAAAAUACCUUUACUCAUGCUACCAUGAUAAAACGGUUGACGUCCGAUUGGUUCUCCUUCUCUCUGUCUCUGAUUCUGACAAAUCAAAUUGGAUUCCCGACUGAUCGCUGUUACGCUCCACAGUCCACUCAUAUCAAUCCCACCUAGAAGUAGUUUCGUCUGGCCCACCCAUUCUUCCAAGUAACCCCUGAUUUUUCCGAAUACUUGUACUUUUUUCGUUUUCAUUUCGCCGUGCGCUGACGACCCUCUUUUUGAGUUUUAGUUUGGUUGGUCGGUCCCCUGCCGAUACUUUUCGAGCUCUAUUGAUUGAACUACCCACCGGUAUCCAUGUCCGGCUCUGAUCCCCCCUCAAUUUAAUGUCUUCCCUUUCCGCAGUUUCAUUUUCAUUAUCAGGUAGAACUUCAAAUUUCCAAGAAAUCAUUUGAAAACAUGCUGAAGCGACCAGUACCAGGUGCUUCAUCGUGAAAAUUCACGACAGUUGAAUUCCAGGAAGAGCGACAAGAGCACGACGCGCUGCGCGAUUGCCCGACGACUACCUCUACAAGUCGACCUCUACUUUGUGACGAAACUGGUGAACAAAUAAGGGCUUUCGCAGUAUGGGUUCCCCGGUAGACGUCGACAAGAGAUCCACUGCAUCAACCCCCGCAGCAGGCACUGGUUCGCGUAAAAAACUUCCAAUCGUGCGCUCACCCUCCCUUUCCAUGUUGUGUCGAGUGCGCAGCUGGCUCUUUCGGGAACCAGCAGGAGGAGCUUCGGCGAGGAUAGACCACGUCGGCAGCGACCAAGAGGAUCGAAAUGCACCACCGUCGAAGCACACGACCGGUUCUGGCGGGGGAAAAAAGACGACAGUGUUGACUCCCUCACCACGACCUCCGGGAAGCAGGUUGGCUGAUGCUACAUCCGCUGGUGCUGCGUCUCUUGAAUCAGGCCGUGCAGCAGAGUGCCGUGAUGACAAGGACGUCGCUCUUGUCGGCCCGAGCUACAAAAGCAGACUAAGAGUUUUUUCUGGCGAGGCAGCAACAUUUAUCCAAUUCUGCGCAUUUGCGGCUAUGAAGAAAUUGCCGGUUGUGGUGCUCGGGCUUCGCGCACUCGUGCUCGCAGUCCUGACCUUCGGUUUCCGCGUCGUGACAGAGAACCGCCUUUCGAGGAAGUAUCGAGCGUCUCGCCACUCUUGGGACCACAUCCUCCGAAACUGUGUCUAUUCGCCCGGCAAGGAGCGACUAGGUCAGCUGUUCCAGUUUUUGCAAAAACGCAUCGAAAGCAAGUUGAGAGGAUCUUCCUCGUCCUCAAACACGAACUUUUGGAAGAAGAAGGAAAAGCCGACCGCCAGCAGCACGACAGCUGCGAUGAAGUCGCCAAGUUCGCAACAGGCCUCCCCUGCCGCCACACCGACGACUGCAGCAGCUCCGUCCGCUCUCCUUCGAAACGCCGCGGCCGCUGCAACAGCGGACGAGGGCCGCUCGGAAGAAGGACAAGCGUCUUUAGUUGAAACGCCACAUCACACGCGGCCGAAGCUGACGGCCCUUCUAUUCCUUUUCGAGAUUUGCGUCACGGCCGCCGUCUUGCAUGGGGUCUUUUGGCGGUAUGGCCUACUUGGACGGGUGUGUCUAGCGGCAAUCCUGCUCGCGGCGAAAGUCACGGUCGUGGCAACGCAUUUUCUUGUGCUCGGGAGCGGAAUGGUCGGUUCUGUUGUGCACACGAUUUUUUGCUUCGUCAAGGCUUUCACCUAUCUCCUCGGUGUCUACAUACCCGCCCAAGUACUCACGGUGUGCGCCAUGCCGUUUGUUGGUCCGUACUACUGGCUGUCCUCCUCGCUCGCCAGUUUGUAUUCCGGCGCAGAUCUUCCUGGUGUGGCUGCAACGUCCAUGUCGUUCGGCGAGCUGUUUAGUUACACCUACGAAGAGGUGCGCGUGGACCUCUUACUGCCAUGGCAGCAGCUUGGCAGUAUCGAUACUUGGUUCUACAAUCUCGGAGGCUCAUUCGUUCUGGACGGGUCCUCAGAACUCUAUUAUACGGCGGUGAACCAAGGUAAGGGACUGCUCGCCUCCUUGAGCUUGGCCGCUUGGGCUGAGACCUACACCGGUUGGAGCAUGAAGCCGGGCCGCUGGCGGAAGGCGACGCCAGGUGCAGCUGGUGCAUCUUCAAGUGGCGCCAGUAAGUCCACCUCCAAAGGAACAAGCAGCAACAAGAAGAUGAAGAGCAGAACGAGUGUGGUGAAGUCAUGUAGUCUGUUCGGAUACUACGACUCAGCCGUAAAUUACCUAUCUGGAGGGAGCAGUACAACUGUAUCUACAAAAGAAAGCAAAGCCGCCGGCGGCUGUUCCGCAGGGGAGUGGAAGGACUUCAUCCUCCGCGCCCAGUUUUUUGCUGCAGAGGAAGACAUUGACGAUGAGGCCGCAGACUCCGCGGCGAAAAGCACGGGGGAGAAAUCGAAGAAGUCUGGAAAUAAAGAAGGCGAUAACAAGAGCGAAAAGAGCGCCAGCACAAGCGGACAUGAUGACGACAGCGAGGGUAGUGGCAACUCCGCGGACGAACAUGAUGAAAAUGCCACGGGCGAAGAUGGGGGAGCCAAUCGGCGUUCGUACAAGAACUUUUUCACCGGGGAACACGACGAAUACGAGUACAUGGAGGAUGAGGAGUACGAGCGACAGCAAGAAGCGGAGGACCGCGAGUGGCGCCGGCAGCGGCGGCGGGAGCAGGAGGAGCGCCGCCAGCGCGAGCUGGAGGAGAGCGAAAAGGAAAAGGAGCGCCUUGCCACGGUCUUUUGCCCCGGAAUCGACAGCAUUAUCAACGACCAGGUGGAAGGAGAACUGGUAUCAAAUGCAAAUAUGUCUGGGUCUGGAAGAAUGCAGCGCCUGUCAUGCACAUUCUGCAUGACCCAUGAUGUUUGUGAUGCAUGCCCUAGCAUCACAGAUUUUUUGAGGACUUUCUGACGCCUAUACUGCACGAGAAAUGCCCUCCCCGCGUAGCAAAGACAGGGCCUUUUCUGCUGAUCAUGCAACACAGAUUCUGUGUAGAAUCCAAAGGCAGCAUCACAAGUUGCAACCUUCCAGACCCAGACAUAUUUGCAAUGCAUAACUGGACACGAAGUACAACAUGCGCAUCGUUCGCGACGAGCAGUUCUACCGUACGUUCUUCACCAAAGACAAGGCGAAGCGGAAGAGAGAGGACCACAUGAAGAGUAGUACAACCUCCACGACCGUAGAUAACAACCACGACCACGAGCCUGACUCGCAGGACGAACAAGAAGAUGAAUUUGACGAGGAGGAGCCGGUGGACCUGCCGGACGGCACGCGGCAGUGGCGCAAGCAUGAGGUCGCGUACGGGUCCGACCUGCGGUUCGAGUGUGCCGGCGACUUCCGCGACGCCUUGCUGCGGCACAAGCAGGUCCUGAGUUGCGAGAAGGACGGCGUGUGGUCGCAGUUCGACCCGCUGGCCUGCGUGCACCAGUCCAGCUGCCUGCUGGACGAGUUCCGCGACGGGAACCUGCGGACCUACAGCGGCACCUACUUCCAUCCUCCGGGCAAGCCCUUCCAAACCAUGCGGACCAAGAACAACGGGCGGACGCAGCCCGUGGUGUUUGUGGAGCACGGCCAGUGGAUCGCGCCCUCCUGUCCGGUACCGGACUUUGUGCGGUCCGACACGCGGCGCCCCACGGUGCAAACGGACCUGAGCUCCAUCGAGCGCCUCUACUGCCACGACGGGAACUGGGAGAUGGUGAACGACGUCGAGGGUUUCGAAAACAUGUUCUUCAAGAAGUCGUCACCCCCCGAAGACGAAGAUCAAGAUCCACCUCCGGACGACGAGACGAAAUUCGCUAAAUACACCGACAUCCCGGACGCCGAGCGGGAAAUGUGGACCAACCAGGUGCCGCUGAGCGGGUGCCGGCGGCUGCUGAGUUGCGAGGACGAGAAGUGGAUCAAAAUUUCCGCGUCGGCGAACAAGAAGACAGGUGCAGCAGGUGGUUUUUCCUCCUCGCAGCAAGUGGUUUUUCCCUCCGACAUCGGGGAGGAAAAGCUGGAGGCCGCGCAGCAGAAGGUGAUGGGGCGGCCGACUUACAAGAUUGUUGGCCGCGUUCGGACGAAAGCGGUGGACGAAGCGAAGAAAAAAGCCGAGGACUUCCACAAAAAGAGCAAGGCUGAGGAGGACAGCGAGGACGAGCUCGAUCUGGAUAAAAACAAACGUGGCACGACAGGCGAUGCUGCGGGGACGGACGGCGAGGAAGAAGAUUCGGAGCAGCUAUUUGUUCCGAACCCCACCACGAAACAGCUACACGCGGUUGGGGCGCAGCGCGUCUUCAAAUGUCUGCCGGGGCACUUUCCCGUAUUCGUGCAGGACGAAUUGGGUCGCGAUGACGAAGAUGCGGCCGCGCGCUGGUGGAAGCGCGCAAUCGCGCAUUACAGACAAACAGAGCUGCUGCGAACUUCUUCAGACGCUGGCACGAACGAGAUGAAAGACGCCUCCGUGCAGCCGGGACGAAAGAAGAAGAAUAACAACAAGAAGAAAAAAGCCACAAACCAAGAAGCACAAAAACAAGGCGGAGGAGGCGAAGAAACAAGUAGUGCGUCGCCAGUUCGUUCCUCUGCAGCAUUAUCGGAUGCAGACCGGUCAGUGAUCGAAAAUUUGAUCUGGGCUGCCGAGCACUUCCUGCCGCCGAAUUCAAAAGGCAAGAGGGAGGCGGAUUUUUCCGCCUAUCCGCACCGGGGGAGCAGUACGACGACCACAGUGUCUGCUAGUGCGAAAAAUGGAACGGCACCUGCAGCCUCUCCGCCUGUUCUUGUGACUGAGUGCACCUGGGCGAGCGAGUUCGAGUUUCCGAAGUGGACUGUGAUAGACAACAAGAGCACUAAAACAGAUGACUCGAGCGAAGGGGAGCCGAAAAUCUUUCAGGAGUGCCAAGAGUCGCUCCGGAGCCUAGUCGAGCGGCGCCGAGAACUGUCCACACGUUGGCUUUCUGGCGCGCUGAAUUUUGACCGGAGGUAUCUGGGUGGCGUUGUGCUGGCGCCGCUUUUGGCCACGGUGUUUGACUUGGUCGAAAAAAGCGACAAGCGGUACGAAAACAAGCAGCUGCGGAAAGACGCCGAGUACCGGCAGAUCCUGUGGAGCCUGUACCGGCCCUACAUCAUGCACUAUCCGGAGAUGUAUUGGAGCCAGUAUGUGACGCAGCCCUACGAAAAGUUCUUCUUCCUCGUGUACAGUCAGUUUUACAACCUGGCGGAGGAGGAGCCCGGUUCAGCAUCAAACGGAGGUGGUCAAGACGGUGCUUCGACAGGCUCAAGGAACGGCGGAGCAAACGCCUCCGGCGGUGCAAAACAGAGCAAUAAUAAAUCGGGUGCAAAUAAUGGCGCGGCCGGUCCCGGCAACAAGGCCGGUAAAAAAGGCGCGCCCGUGGGUCCAGAUCCGAUCACGUUUGCGGAGUUGUUUUGCCUGCAGGGCCUCACGUCGCAGCAGAAACAGGCUCGCGGCGCCAGCAUGGUACGAAAAAACUUUCGGGAGCUUAGCAAAAUGUACCACGGUGACAAGUGCGCUGCCAGUACCUCCACCCCGUCCACCUCUAACGACGGCGAGACCACGGAUGUGUCGUCAGGCGGAAGUAGCGCAGCCGGUAAGGAGCAGACCAGCGGCACCAGCACGCCGGUGGCAAAGUCGAAGCCAACUGUUGUCAGCUCGCCACCACCAGAGGAAGACUUUUUCAGCUCAGUCUUCUCGGUUUUCUGGACCGAUACAACAGAGGCCACAGCUGAACCAAGCAGCGGCUCCGCCGACGACGAAACGGAGAGCAAGGACGCGUCGAAAUCUCCCUCUUCCCCAGGCGGAACUAGUACAACCUCGGAGCCGUCCGCUACCACGCUCUGUCGUGAGCGCGCGGACAAGCGCUUCGCACUGCUGGUUGCAGUCAAGGAGCGCCUGCUCUCGUCUCACCUGGCAGAAACCGUCCUGCGGAAAUCAACCACUGGAAACUGCGACAGCGGUUUUCGUCGGUGCCGUGCCGGCGAAGACACGGGCGAGGCCGUCACAGACUGGUUUUCCAUGGCGGAAAUACGCACCGCCUGCAAGACACUCACCGGGUAGGGAGCGAGUCCCGUACUUUCCUAGGGCUUGAUGUGCGUUGAUGUUUCUUAAACUCUACAUCGAGCUCUACUCGCGUUUUUUUAGCGAGUGGGAAAGGAAAGCGGAAGUCCGUAACCGUCAAUGUCUAAAACAGCAACGACAUACGCAUAGUGUUCUCGAAAAGGAAAACAAAACUCUCAGCCCCUACUGAUUCUUCGUGGCGCUACAGCUCAGCUGUGUUCAGACUUUAAGUAAAGAGGGAAGAAUGUUGUUUCGUGUAGCACCGAGCUCCUUCUUCGUACUGGAGCCGGCUCUUGAAAAUAUUUUUGAUUUUCAUGUAUUUUUGUACAUACUUAGACUCAUUUCUGUGUAUUGGAAUUGAUAAUAUCUGGCACGGUCUGAUAAAGAAGCUUCCCCUCCGUAGUAUUUCGCGCAAGUGUUUUGUCGCACGAAAAUCCACAACUUGGUGUCAUUCUUCACUUGCUUACGUCACUCGAUAGGGUAAGGGUGAUCAAACUUUUUGUUGUGGGUAUUUUCGGCAACCCGAGCCAUUUCAGUAAAUCAGUAUUUUGGUUUCUUCAUUCAUUCUCCGAGAAUCAGAAAUUUUCCAGCAU